AUGGGCUCGUUUCCAAAGCAGCGAGUUCAGCACUCCCGGCCAUUCACAACUACCAGUGUUGACUUUGCAGGGCCGCUGAUCAUCAGAAGUGGAAUUAGAGGAAGACCUGGAAAAAAUGCAUUGAUCGCAAUAUUUGUUUGUUUCUCAACGAGAGCAGUCCACAUCGAAGCAGUAGAAGAUUUAACAGCCAAUGCUUUUUUAACAGCAUUUAGAAGGUUCGUUUCCAGAAGAGGAAAACCGAACAUGGUCUGGAGUGAUAAUGGAACGAAUUUUAUUGGGGGAUGCAAGGAGCUAACCGUUUAUGUGAGCAAGGUUGAUGGUUUUCUAGCAUCAGAAGGAGUAACUUGGAAGUUUAAUCCACCCGCAACGCCACAUUUUUGUGGAAUAUGGGAGAGCGCAGUAAAAAGCGCCAAAUUCCACCUCACAAGGGUAGUUAGGGGCACCUCUCUAACCCUGAGUGAGCUGCAAACGCUAUUAUGCCAAAUAGAGGCAUACAUGAAUUGUCAACCCCUUACCAUUAAACGUGUGUAA